GAAACCGGAAGUUACUAUUAAAUUAUGUACACAAACUGAGGCGAUAAACAUUAUCGUUUGCAUCAAGAUGUAAGUCAGAGAAAACAGAACAAAGAAGACUCUUAAUGUCGAGUCUCCAGGAAGCCGUGGUGGCCGGAGACGAACAAAGGGUCAAGGACAUUCUACAGACGUGCGAUCCUCCAAAGGAACAACUCAAGAGUUGUCUGUUCUUUGCUUGUGGGAGCGGGCGGACUAACUGUGCGGCGCUGAUUCUGGAGAGCAGCCGACUCUCUCCCGACAUCCAUAAUGACGAGGAGUUCACACUGCUCACCCUCUCCACGCGCGGCGGUCACGCCUCAGUGGUGGACAUGCUGUUACGUUGGGACGGUGACGUCAAUUUGGCGGGACCAAUAGGAAACACACCCUUGCACUAUGCGUGUAGCGAGGGAUACAUAGAAUGUUGUCAUAUUUUACUAGCUGCAGGAGCUAAUAUCAACGCGAAGAAUUCUCGUAUGGACACACCGUUGAUCGUAGCAGCUGCAAACGGCCAUCUUGGAAUAGUUCGAUUUCUCCUGGAUAAAAACGCUUCUGUACGUCGCCGUGGUUACCACGACAGAACGGCGCUUCAUUGCGCCACAGAAAACGGUCAUAUAGAAAUAUGUCGCCUGCUUCUUGAAGCAAAAGCUGACCUUGAAGAAGAAGACACAUUUGGGAACACGCCUCUAGUCUGUGCCGCAGAAAUGGGCUACGUCGACGUCAUGAGACUGUUGCUGUCCUAUGGGUGUGACGUCAAUCGCAUGAGUCACAGUGCAGCAACAGCGCUGCACUUUGCUGCACAACAUGGCGAUUUGGAAUGUUGCCGUCUGCUGCUUGAUGCGCGCGCGGAAAUCGACGCCCAGGACAUCCGCCGCUUCACCCCCGUCAUGAUGGCGGCCCUUUACGGGCACGAACACAUCGUAAAUUUCCUGAACGAACGGCGAUGUAACGUGAACAUGGCGGCAUACAACAAACGAACGGCGCUACACUGGGCAUCAGAAAGGGGAAGCCUGAAGUGCUGCGAAUCUCUUCUCAAAUUCGGCGCUAAUAUUGACGCUCAAGAUACUUUGGCCUGUACGCCAAUAUACAACGCUGCCGUUAAAGGUCAAACGGAAGUGGUGAAAUUCUUAAUCCAGAAAGGAGCAGACCUAACUAAACGACCAAAUAACGGCAAUUCGUUACUACACUUUGCAGCCACAGGUGGCAGUGUUCCGUGCUGUCAAGAAAUCAUCAGAGCAGGUUUCAGUGUCGACAUUCAGAACCAGGACGGCCUGACCCCUCUGAUAUCGGCGGUGAAUUACAAACAGAUACAGGCCGUCAAGUUCUUCCUGGACGCCGGCGCGGACACCAACGUCCGCGGUCUUCACGGGAUGACAGCGCUAAAUGAAGCAGUGUUUUACAACAGUCCACAACUCGUGGCCCUGCUGCUUGAGCGAGGCGCGGAUCCAAACGUUGGGGACGAUGCGGGCACGCUUCCUCUAUGGUUCGCUGUGGACGGCUUCAGCAUAGAAUCCGUCAAAUUACUCUUAAGGGCCAACUGCAAAUUUGACACACAGUCAUCCUUGAGUAAUUACUGUGGCCCGUGCAACCCAGUGGAACACUCGGUGCACAAACGGAAGGAGCUGGUCCUGCGGUGGAUAGUCAGUGCCUACUGCGAGGAAGCGGUCAACAUCUUGAGGAAGCACCUGCCGGUCCUCGAGAAAAUGACCACCAUAGAAGAAGUGCUGAAAAGUAAAGUGCGCGAAAUAGCGGGCUCCCCCGGAUCUCUAAUGGAACACUGCCGCAAACACGUCAGGAAAACGUUUGGAAGCGGCGGGAAUAUACAAGACAAAAUCAAGCUUCUCAAACUGCCAACAGCAUUACAGGACUAUCUGUUGUUCUCCGACUUCGAUAUGGAUUGAGUUGGACGCAAAUUUUAACAAUUAGCCUUUAUUUGUACUUUUUACUUAAUCGGCAACAUAUUUAUCAUUCUUUACUUAUACAUGUACAGUAUUUAAGAUAUAUUUAUUGUUAAAUGUUGCCACUGUUUAUCUAUUGAUCACGUGAUCUGACUAUACUGUUGUAAUUUUUUAAUAUGCUUGCCAGCUCAUAUUACAUUCACUUGGCUUAUUUAUUUUAACUAAAAUUCAAUAUUAAAUGCAUUGCAAACACUG